GUUGUUGCGGCGUGUGCGUGCGUGCUGACGGACUGACGGAGCCGGUGCGCCGGUAGACUCAGUGCUGUACUAUGGACCUGCAGAGCAGCGCAGAGACAGACCUGGAUCCCUCCGAGAACCACCCCGGCUCUGUCCCGACGGGGUUGCAGUCCAGGAAGCAGGAGCAGGAGAAGCUGUCGGGGUUGGUGAAGAGCGUGCACAGAAAACUCCGCAGGAAAUACAUUGAAGUGGGAGAUUUCGAGAAAAUAUGGCGUGAGCAUUGUGAAGACGAGCAGACUCUCAGCGAGUAUGCCAUGGCCAUGAAGAACCUGGCCGACAACCACUGGGCGAAUAAAUGCGAGGGCGAGGGACGCAUCGAGUGGUGCCGCAGUGUUUGUCAGGAGUACUUCCAGGAUGGAGGGAUGAGGCGAGUGCUGGAGAAGGAUGAGAAGAGCACUAAGCAUGCCACCGAUGAAAAUAACACAUCUGCAAACUCUCUACCACAAUCGUCCUCUCCAAGUAACCGCUCAAUGUUCCAGCUUGGGAGGAUACGACUGUUGGAUGUGGGCAGCUGUUUCAAUCCCUUCCUGAAGUUUGAUGAGUUUCUGACUGUCGGUAUCGACAUUGUGCCAGCAGUAGAGAGUGUCUACAAAUGCGACUUUCUUAACCUGCAGCUGCAGCAGCCUCUGCAACUGGCCAGCGAUGCCUUGGAUGCCUUCCUGCGGCAUCUGCGCGGCCCCAUCGACGCUUUACCUGCCCAGCUGUUUCACGUGGUGGUCUUCUCCCUGCUUCUCUCCUACUUCCCUUCACCCUAUCAGCGCUGGCUCUGCUGCAAGAAAGCGCAUGAACUUCUGACCUUGAACGGCCUCCUCCUCAUCAUCACCCCUGACUCCUCCCACCAGGGCCGGCAUGCGCUUAUGAUGCGUAGCUGGCGAGUCGCAGUGGAGUCUCUGGGCUUCAAGCGCUACAAAUACGUCAAGUUCUCCCACAUGCACCUGAUUGCUUUCCGCAAGGUGUCAUCCACCACCAGCAGCGACCUGGUCAGCCGCAACUACCCGGAGAUGCUUUACAUCCCGCAGGACUUUAACACGAUCGAUGAGGAGGGAUUCACAGAUUGCUACGAGCCUCCGCGCUCUGAUUUCGAGGACGACAUGUUAGCGUGUAGCUUCGCGGAAUUGCCGGACACGCCAUACGAUUCGGACUCGGGCGAGAGCCAGAGCAGCUCGGCGCCCUUCCACGAGCUGGAAGACCCCAUUUUGCUCCAGAGCUGAACUUGUUUACUGCCCCUCCUGAUAUUUAGUACCUUACCAUCAUGCUGCCAAAAUUGCUCUGCUGUUUGUGCACUCGACCCCUUUUUAAGCAGCAAAAAUUUUGCACAGAGUGAAUGAGGACGUUUAAGUGGGCGUUGAUUUUUAAGAGCGUGCAAGACAUCCCUUUGAACACAAACAAACACACACUACACAAUCUUAACUUAGAAAUAGAAGUGAUUUGGUUUUGUAACAGAAGCAGCUGGGUGAUAUCAGGUUGAGGAAGAUUUAGCUCACCCGCUUUGGCUGUUUUCUCACUCAGAAUGACUGUCAACUAGACAAACCUAGCAUAAGUUACAACUUAGGCGUAGUUAUCACCGGUGUCAUACCUUUUGGCCGGAGUUACUAUACUGUGUUAUUCUUUUUCAGUUGUAUUUCUUGAAGGGAUAGUUCCGGCAAAAUAGAAAAUACUCAUUCUCGUUUUGUUCCAAACCCAUGACUUAUGACUGUUAUUAUGUCCACACAAUGAAUGUCAAUGGGGUCCAAAACAAUGUUGUUUUGGACCCCAUUGACUUUUAUUGUAAAGACAAAAACAGUUCUUUAACAUUAAAGUAACGGAAGUCAUACAGGUUUGGAACAACAUGAUGGUGAGUAAAUGACAAAAAAAAAGAAAUUGUGAACUAACCCUUUAAUGGUUUGAUUCUCAGCAAGUUUCCACUGGACAUUUUGGAUGGAGAUUUCAGCCAUCUGUUCAACCAACUUUUUGGAAUAGCCUUUAUCAAUGAUAUUUGUAGCAUUUUAGGUGUCUGCAGAACUUGUGCGUGUUUGGUUAUGUGACGUUGUAACUGUGAAUGUGGAUUUCUCGCUUCAACAAGGUACAAAUCAAGCGAAGUAGUCGUAGAUUUUCAGAACAAACAAUCUUACAGGUGACCAGAUUGGAUGCAUGUGUUGUGGUAACAUGUUUCUAAUGUUGCGAUCAAACCGCUAUUAUAACCAGUACUAUCCAAUAACUUGUCAGUAGUAUGUAGUGUGGAACAGAUUAGAGUUUUGUGCAUUUUGCCAUAAUGUGACUUUGAGUAGGAUGAUUGUUUACUCUUGACUGUUUACUCUCGAAACCUUCAGUUGCUUUAAAUCUUCUUUCUGUAUUGUAAUCUGGUGUAUAAUAUCUAAUUGAGUUCUUCAGUAUAUUAUUUUAGCUUCCCACUUUCAAUUAUAAAAUAGAACUUUUAAGGUACAAAAGUUUGGAAAGUACUUUGCCAAAUGUUUCACAAACAGUUUAUUUGAAGUACUAUCAAAAGAUUGUUGCAUAUCACUGUAUGUUUUUUAGCUCCUGUGUUUGUAAUUGCAGAAUUUGCAGCUUUUUUAUUCACUCCAGGUUCUUAAAAACACUAUAUUAAAUGUCCAAGCACAUAUUUGCACGUUUUCGAUUACACCUUCCAUAGGGUUGGCAAAAUAUCGAGAUUGGCAUCAGCACUUCAUUAGAAUAGCAAUACGUUCAUAAUCAUAAACGGUCAAAAAUGCCCCAUAUCACUAUAACCUGGUAGUUAUAUUGAGUAACUGAUAUUAGGCACUGUUUUCUAUUGUAUUAAUGUGGUUACCGAUUGGUUAACCUGAUGAUAUGAGAAUAUGCUGUGAUGAGUCUUUACUCCUGAAGGAGUGUGUGAUGAGAUGUACAUUGGGGUUCUGUUGAAGUAUCAAUGUGAAGUUUUGGUGUUGGGCACUUUAAAUGUGUUGUGGGGUGCCAAAUAUGAGUGUGGAAAGAUUUUAAACGGUGAAUGAAUUCAGUAUGUGAUCUUUCAGGGUAUCAGAAAAAAAAAAUCCUCCUCAAGGUGCCUUCAAACCCAAAUUGUAUUUUUGCAUUUGUGAUUAUAUGGAAUGGAUGCAAGAACAGGCUACUGAUUGUCAUUUGAAAGUAAGCUAAUUUUCUGUCCCACAAUAAACAGUUACAGUACACACUUUCAGCGAAUUAACCAGCUCCUAGAUAAAUUACUAACAAUACUGCCCUAUUAGCAAUAGCAUUUAAAGGUGUUCUUUAGUCUGUACUCGAUUUAUAAGUCUGAGAAAAAAUAUUUUAAAACUAUUGAAAAAAAAAAAAAUCUUUGUAUUAAAAUGUUUACUUGGUGGUGUGUUAAAACAUUCACAUAUCAAACAUAUUUGUCUUCCCCAGGCUUUAAUCCACUGUUUGCAUGAUUGAUUUUCUUUAUCAGUGUUAAGAUGGUUGACUCCCACAGGAACGGGCUGUUUGUGAGAACUAUUGUCAUUCAUCUUUUAUAAAUAAAGGUUUUUGUUGCCUUC